AAAAAUGAAAUUUAUAAUUUUAAUAAUAACUGCUCUAUUUUAUUUUAAUUUAUCAUUUGGUUUUAUUAAUUAUAUUUCUUUUGAUAAUAAAUGCAUAAAACAAUCAAAUGGGGUAAGCUUUGGUAUAAAUGAAUUUGUUUGUUUAUAUAAUGGAAGUAGCAAUUCUGCAUCAACAUCUUUGUUCACUUUCGAAAUUUAUAAUUCAGACCAAAUAAAUUUAACUACUCACCAUUCAUUGUAUUGUGACUAUCCAAUUGCUUCAAAAAUAUUUACUCUAAAUCAAUGUUCCAGUUAUGGUUACUCUAAUAGCUACUACUAUGUAGACAAAUCUGAUUCUAUGCCCUCAAUUCCAAAAGGAUCAUACCUAGUUAAGCAAUAUGAUGCUUGUGAAAGUGUUCAAGGUUACUGGUAUGCCACCAAUGGUACAACAAUAAUAGAUAAAUCUGGGCUACAAACAACUUAUUUAUGUAUUAAUGGUGUCCCAUAUGAAAAUAUUUGUCAAGGUGGUUCAUGCAAAAAAAUUAACACUUUUAAAAAUUGUGAUAAUGAAGAUUACAACUCAGUUGAAUGUUCCAAUUAAAAGUUAAAUAAAAAACUUAAAUAAAAAACUCCAAAACAAUUUAAAUUAUAUACAC